UCGUGAUUACGUUUCUUGCGAACGUAACGCGGACGCACGCAUCUCAUCUAUCAAAUAAAUAAAAAUAAAUACUUGCUCCGAGUUUCUAUAUUUUUUCGCUGUUGCGGUUAAGUUACUGUGAAUCAAGUGAUAUUAUUUAAAGUAGAAACUGCUUAUCAACUCUACGUCGACCAUUUUCAGUCAUUAGUGUUUUUGCUAUUAUUGUCCUAAAGAAUCUUUAUUUAACCAAGUUAAUGUACUAGUGCUUUCGUAAAAGUUUCUCGCUAUCUAUGUAAAAUGUUGCGUAAGUAACUUUGUGAGUGGCGAUAAAUAAAAGUAGUAAUGCUGAUGAGAAGAAACAUGGGUAAAUUAAAUAAUUCUUUUCUUUGGGGUAUUUUAUUUGCAUCGGCGACAUGGAGUAUAUCUCUGUAUCUCUACUGGUUGCUGAACAUGAGUGGUGACAGUAUCAUUAAUAGCACUGAGGACAGGAUCCAUUACCGCCUUGUGAACACUGACGAGAAGAACCGUAUAAAGAACAAUGAUAAAUCUAUUGCAGCAUUAGAGGGAAAGAACUUACUGCUAGACAAUGCAAAAGCAGAAGAAAAGUAUUCUGGGAACAUCUGGAAGUAUCAUAAGAGUAAAUCGGAAUACCAAAAUAAAAUGCUGCUGAAAGAGAAGUACGCAAGACACCUCGGACUCAAGAUGACGGCACAGCCAGACAACGGUCUUGAUAACCAGUUUGGACUGAUCCGCAAUGCAGAAGAUGUGAGGAUCCGAGAUGAUGGAUACACUCUCUAUGCCUUCAACACACUUGUUUCACAAAGAAUUGGAAACCACAGAGGCUUGCCGGACACCAGGAAUAAACUCUGUCGUACACAAAAAUUCCCAGAUAAACUACCAAAAACAUCUGUGAUCAUAUGCUUCUACAAUGAACAUUACCAGACAUUGAUGAGAUCCAUUCACUCAAUACUAGAUCGAACUGAUCUCAAAUAUUUGAAAGAGAUCAUUCUAGUUGAUGACUACAGCAACAUCGAAGGUCUUCAUAAUUCUGUACAAAAAUCCGUGAAUGAACUGAAUAACAGAAUGCGCAAAGAGGAAGAAAUGCUGGAAACCAAUAACAUUGAUGUAGAGAAUGUGGUAGAUUAUAUAAACGAUGACAAUAAUGUUGUUGAUAAAAAAACCACUGAGAAAAAUAAAGAUGGUUUGAGUAUUAGAUUGCUGAAGACUAGUAAGAGGGAGGGUCUUAUACGGGCAAGGCUGUAUGGUGCCGAAAACAGUGUUGGAGAAGUUCUUGUAUUCCUUGAUUCGCAUAUCGAAGUGAACGUGGACUGGCUGCCUCCGAUGUUAACUCGCCUCGCAAAGGACGUGGAUGGUGUCACCGUGAGAUACUCCCACCGUGCAGUGACCCCAAUCAUAGACGUUAUUGACGCCGAUACAUUCGAGUAUACAGCCAGUCCUCUAGUCCGAGGAGGUUUUAAUUGGGGACUCCAUUUCAAAUGGGAUAACUUGCCGAAAGGAACUUUGAAAACUGAUGAAGAUUUUGUGAAGCCCAUCAAAUCACCAACUAUGGCGGGCGGGUUGUUUGCAAUGUACCGCGAGUAUUUCAACUACAUUGGUAAAUAUGAUGCUGGUAUGGACCUCUGGGGUGGGGAGAAUUUGGAAUUAUCCUUUAGAAUUUGGAUGUGCGGUGGUACAUUGGAACUGAUCCCGUGCAGCCGUGUGGGUCAUGUUUUCCGCAAGCGACGCCCUUACGGACAAGAGGAGAAAGUCAACUAUAUGCUGCAAAACUCUAUGCGAAUGGCGCGGGUCUGGAUGGACGAGUAUGUGAAUAAGGUCAUAGAACAUAAUCCAGAAGUGGUGUAUAUGAACCUAGGCGAUCUAUCAGAAAGGCACAAUCUACGCAAACGAUUGAACUGCAAGUCUUUCAAAUGGUUCCUUGAUCAUAUCUACCCGGAACUGGAAAUGGGCAUUGAUGACAAAAACAAGAAGAAAAUGGCCGCCUUGAAUGAUGUUGAGAAAAAUAAAUUCCAGCCGUGGCAUUCUAGGAAACGCAACUACACUGAUUCGUAUCAAAUCCGCUUGAAGAACACGACGCUUUGCAUCCAAAGUGCCAAGGACGUGAAGACCAAAGGUAGUGGCUUGGUUCUCGCUAGCUGCAUCAGGAUUUUGAGUCAGAUGUGGUUUGAAACGAGUCGUAGCGAGCUUGUUUUGGGUCGUACUCUUUGUCUGGACGCGUCAAAUAAUGUGGCGCCGAAACUCAGCAAAUGCCAUGAAUUGGGCGGCUCACAGGAGUGGAAACAUAAAGGAUCGGCUGGAAGUCCAGUUUAUAACACGGCAGCGGGCAUGUGUCUAGGAGUCGACCGACCUUACAGAGGCGAGCCACUCAUAAUGGUGAUAUGCGACAACCAACCGACCGACCAAUGGGACUUCAUCAGGUCCUAAACAACCCAGACCAACGAACACGGCUACCGAGUAAAUAUAUCAUUAUUACUGUAUGUACAAGCGUAUUGCAAACUAUUUGUAGUCGACCUUAAAAUUUGCUUUAUCACUUGCAGUACUCAUACUUCACCCAGCCACAAAAGGGGUCUCCCAGUUUUGACAAACAGGUGUCAAUAUUGACUUGUAACGGUGUUUUUCAGAAUUGACCUUGUAAACAUGACAUUCAUAUGAAUCUUAUCACAUUUUUAAACGACAAAAACGUACAUUAUUUUGUGAUAAGCAAACAAGAUUUAGGUACUCUCAAGUGUGCUAAAGCAAUUUUACGGUCGACCAUACUUAUACUAUAACAUAUUAAUGUGACUAAGGCUAAUUAGCCGACCUGAGCUUCUAGGUUUAGUUGUACACAGCGAAUGUUGUAAUCAAACGUAAUUUAAUGCACUUAUCCAAUAGCAACGAUCAAAACAUUAGGAUUUGAACACGAAUUGAUCUCGUACAAAAUUGACAUAGAAUUAAUUUCGUACAUCUAUGUUUAUUAUACAUACAGCACCUUAACAUCGAAAAAAGAUACAAAAUAUAUGUUAGUUAGUUUUAAUUUGAAAUUAUUAACGGCCAGUUUCUUCAUCAAAAGUUAAAGUUAAAGUAAUGUCUAAAGUAAAAGUAACGGUCAAAUACGUUUUUUCAAGGCUAA